AUGCCUUAUUAUCAAUUAACUAAUUUUUAUGCUAGUUCGAUAGAAUGUGAAUUACCAAUUGAAGUCAUUUAUGGUAGUAGUUUCAGGUAUAUGCCUUUGGAUGAAAAAGGAAAGUUAUCCAGCGGUCAUAAACAUUUUUAUAACAAGGAACUUGUUAUGAUAAGAUUGCCGAAAAGAGAAAGAGGCGAGUAUCAGGGAAAUGGUGUAUAUAUUGAAAUGUGUGGGGGGGUUGGCGAAAGUCUAAAAGGGUUUAAUUUCCUAGCAAUGACGAUAGAUAAAAUUAGAAAUAUUACUAAUCCCGGAGAAGCCCAGAAUGGAUUAAGAGGAGAUUGGUUUUUGGAAGAGCGACCAACAAGUUUAUCUUGGGAUAGCACAGUAGUGGUUCCAAUGCGAUUACGAGCCAUGCGAGAUGGUGUUGAUGGCAGAGAAGCGGAGUCGCCGGAGUCAAACACUAACGCUAAGGACAACGAGAAUGAGGAAAAAAUAGCCCUGAUUAACAAAAACGUUUCAGAAAUCCAAGCCAAAUUAAAUGCUGCUGGAAUUAGUCCGGAGCAAGCAUUAGAAAUGAACAAAUCGAAAGAACAGCAAGCCGAAAACGAACUAAAUGCCGCUACCGAAAGUGGUAAAAAAGAGAAUAUAAUUUCGGCAAUUAAAAAUAAUGAAAAAAUUAUUACUACUAGUUCUAAUUCAAAUUUAAAGCAAGCCCAAAAAAAGGCAGAAGAAAAAUUAAAACAAUUAGGAGCCCAAGAUGAAUUAUGCCAAAUUGUUCGAGAAGAAAUUAAACUCAUUUUACAACAAAACGGAUUAGAGCCUUCCGAUUUAUCUGCUACUAAGACAAAAUACGAUAAUAAUGACCCCACUGCUCGGGAAGAAAUUAAAAAAGAAAUAGGUGAAAAAGCCUUAGUCAAAAUAAUUCAGGAACUUCGGAAAGCCCUAGAUAUGGGAGACAGAGUUAAAAUUGAAAAUGAGGUUAAAAAGUUAGAAUCAUUUGUAAAUAGCGGAAUUGACUACCACCAACAAGCCGUUGCUGCGAAAAAGAAUAUAAUUAAUGAUUUAAUUAACCGAAGCAAAAAUUACUCUUCCGACCACUCCAAAACUUUCUUUCGCCUCGACAACCCUCUACUGUGA